AUGGCCGUUGUCACUUCGAUUGAUCGAGUUGAUACCGGGAGGGACUCGACUUUGACCCCCGAGGAGGGCCCUCGGGGGUUUGUGGCUGUCAAUCAUGCUUCUAGUAAUGAGAGCGAGCCGUCCAGCCAACUUUCUUCGCCACAGGAUGGCCUUCGGCGCAGGGACGACCAUGUCUCACUCAGUCCUGACAGUCAGACCUAUCCGAGGAUGCAGAGUCGAGAGGAGCACAAUAGUCACCAUAAACGGAAGCGAUCCGCAUCAAGUGAGGCAUCACGCCCCGGCAAUCCCCGCGCCUACGACCACAGUCCUUCCAAACGGGUCGAGCCACAGCAUGUAGCAGAUAGAGCACUCCGUGCAAUGGGCCAUGCAGACCAAAACGGCACCGGCCAUUAUGCCAAUGGCCACACUGGGGACCAGAACGGGCACAGCUGGCCGCCACAUGCCAGACCGAUCCAGCCACAUGGUCCCGUGAAUGGCUCGCGCCCUACCACGUCUGAUGCCCAGUUAGCUGAAGCCCUACAACGCGAAACACAAUCCCAAGACGACCAAUCACGAAAUUGGGAGAGCCAAUCAAGCACCAAUGGCGACAGCGGCCAUAAUCAAUAUGACCGAGAUUCUCCAAACACCAUCACGGUGGUCGGGCCGAAGCGUAAGCGCAACUUUAGCAACCGAACAAAGACUGGCUGUAUGACAUGCAGGAGGAGGAAGAAGAAGUGCGACGAAACACAUCCCAUCUGCAAUAAUUGUAGUCGAGGAGGUUUUACAUGUCAGGGCUACGGCACCCCGGUCAAUGCGCCGCGUUGGACAGCCAAGCCACCACCGAUCAAGACCCCUGUUCUAUUGCAGUCAAAGGAUGGCCACAGUGACGUGUCUGAACCCUCUUCGGCUUAUAAAGGCCCUAAUGAAGGCUCACCUCACCCAAAACGUACACCUGUUCAAUAUGAAGGCGGUCAGAUGAGACCCUUUUCUGUUGAUGACCAGGACAGCCGACGCCAACAACAACAAUAUGUCACUAGUUCACCUCAGAAUGAACCCCGAAGCAGGCCACCUUAUCCCAACCCACAAAAAUGGCCGCCACAUCAAAAUCAACCACCAUAUCCUUCAGAGCACCUGCCUCCUCUCUCUGAUAUCAAUCGUUCAGAAGCAAACCCAAGCGCUCCUCCAAGAGAUAUGUCAAGGCCUCCAACUCAUGGUACACAUGCUCCACCCCCGCCACCCCCCCCUCCUCCCUCUCACCAACCUCCACCGCCAGUUCAACAAUUGCAUCCUCCACAUCAAGCUUCCGGACCGCCGCCGCCACCAUCUCAUCCACAAAUAAGUCAUCAUCCGCCUGGUCCACCUGGUCCUCCCGGUCCUUCAGGGCCGCCAGGGCCGCCAGCUCCUACUCCUCCUCAGUAUCAGUAUGCUCCCAAUCCACCACAACCUGAAUAUCGGGCCCCCUACUUGCCUCCCCCGGAGCAUCAUCCUCCUCCGACUCACGUGAGGAUGACUUCUUCAGGGUAUGAUCCCCACAAAUCUGGCGCAAAGACAUUCAACAAAGAAGACGUCGAGCGGUCGAAAAUGUUGAGGGGAAGCACGUACAAUCAUUUUGAUAUGACGUUACAGAACGAACGACAGCGAUGCGAACGCGCUCUUCAAAGAUAUAACGAUGCGUCAAGACUCGACAGUGGAGUGAGUGAGACGGAAACUCGCAACAUUCUCCUCAAAGUGUUUGACCCUACGGAAGACACGACUCAUAAAUUUCUUGCCGCGCCGCAAGAGAAAGGUACGUUGGGCAAAGGGGUCAAGAUCGAGGCGCCUUUUACUUGUACGUAUGGGUACAAUAUCAAGACCAUGGACAAUGUGUACAUUGGCAAGAAUUGUACGAUUGACGACGCUGGCAAGGUGGAUAUAGGACCUCGUACUUGGAUUGGACCUAAUGUGACGAUACUGACGACGGACGUUUUGAAAGACAUUCAAGAUCGUAAAGGAACUGGAGGGGCGUGGACAGCGAAUGGGGUGACGAUCGCAUCGGAAGUUGUGAUCGGAGCGAAUGCCGUGAUUUACCCCGGUGUCACGUUGGAACGAGGGUCGACAGUGGAACCUUUCGCUGUUGUGCGAGACAACCUCCCGGCAUUCCAGACGCAAUUCGCUCCGGUCGGUAAUCGGGCGUGA